AUGGCUGAAAACGUUGCUAAGAAGCUGAAGACCUCGUCCCCCUUGAUCGGGACACACAGCGGCCACUUCCACGCCGACGAGGCCCUGGCCGUUUAUCUCCUCCGUUUGCUCCCCACUUACGCCUCUUCCCCCCUCAUCCGCACACGCGAUCCCGCUGAAUUGGAGAAAUGCCACACCGUCGUCGACGUGGGUGGCGUGUAUGACCCCGCCAUCCACCGAUAUGAUCACCACCAGCGGACGUUCUCAACCACCUUCCCUCAGCACGCCACCAAGCUCUCCUCCGCCGGUCUAGUUUACAUGCACUUCGGUAAGGCAAUCAUCGCUCAGAAGCUCUCUUUGCCCGUGGACCACGCCGAUGUGGACCUGUUGUACGAGAAGCUGUACACCGAUUUCAUCGAGGCGAUUGAUGCCAAUGAUAACGGCAUUUCUGCCUACGACCAGGCCGCUCUUGCUGCUGCCGGAGUCGAGAAGCGCUUCAAGAAUGGCGGCAUCACCCUCGCCUCGAUGGUUGGCGACAUGAACAACCCAGACCCCACCAGCCCACCGGGCGAGCCCCAGGACGAGGACAGCCUCUUCGGACGCGCCAGCACUCUCAUCGGCAACGCGUUUGCGCGCAAGAUGCACCACGCCAGCACAUCAUGGAUGCCGGCCCGCACAACUGUUAGCUCCGCUUACGCCUCUCGCAAGGAUGCCCACCCCUCCGGCCGCAUUAUCGUCCUCCCACAGGGCGGCGUGCCCUGGAAGGAACAUCUGUACAAUUUCGAGGCCGAAGCUUCUGGAACCAAGGAUAUUGACCCCGCUGCCCAGGUGUACUAUGUUCUGUACCCCGAGAGCGCCAGCGAGGGAGCCAAGUGGCGCGUGCAGUGCGUUUCCGUGUCUGAGAGCAGCUUCGAAUCUCGCAAGCCUCUGCCGGAGGCGUGGCGUGGUGUCCGCGACCAGGACCUCGACGGUGUUAUGGCAGCGGAGGCUGAGAAGAAUGGCCAGAGCAAGAUCCCUGAGGGUGCCGUCUUUGUUCACGCCAGUGGGUUCAUUGGAGGCCACAAGACAAAAGAAGGUGCUAUGGCCAUGGCUGAGCGCAGCCUUGAGCUGUAG